GACAGAUGGUUGUCACAGAUCAGACCUGUCAGCUGGUAAAUCUGUCUGUUUCUCUCCUCCUUCUCCUCAGCAGCAUGAACUAUCCCCCCACUAAGCGCCUCCGAGGCCUGAACCAGGACAUAGCGACAGCAGGGACUUUCGAUGACCCGUUUGGAGAUGACGAGGAUUUCACCCAGGCCGAUUUGGAUGAGAUUGACAUUAUCGCCUCGCAGGCCAUCACCUCGGCUCCUGCGUCGGGGCUCGGGUCUAAAACAGCCAUGCCGUCAUCUGUGGGACAGAGCAAACCUCAGAGCAGAGCCACAACCAAUCAGAGCAGAGAAAACACCUUUGGGUUCACAAGCAAAAGAGGGAAUGCUGGGAUAUCGAGCAGGGAGCCGCUCAGUGACCGGCAGCAGCAGUUUGGGUCGGACAGAGAGGAUUCUUACGGCCGUCUGGAGGCCCAGCAUGCAGAGCUGAAGAGAAAGCUGAAGGAGGUGGAGGACGAGAUUGUGUUGAAGAGCGGGGAGAUCCGGGUCUUGAGGGACUCUCUGAAAGCGGCUCAGCAUGAGAAAGAGACUCAGAAACAGAGCCUGAUGCUGCUGGAGGCACAGAAACAGAGAGAGCAGAGUGACAAGGAGAAGGAGCUCAACAAGAAGGUUCAGUCUCUGCAGUCAGAGCUGCAGUUUAAAGAAGCAGAGAUCAAUGAGAUAAAGACCAAACUGCACAAUUCAGACAAAAACAAAACCGCCUCUCCAUUGCCAAGAAACAGUCCUAAAGUAUUAAGCGGUGUUGCCCAAGUGCAUCAUGGGAGCAGCAGCAGCUUCUCCUCUCCAACAGGAAACGGUUUCAUCACCAAGGAGACGUUUGGAGCGCAGGUCACAUCCAGAACGACACCAGUGAAGACACCGGGGAGGACACGGAGAGAGGACAGAGUGGGAUCUAGCAGCAGAUCUGGUGACCGUCAUGAAUUGCACCGCCCAGACCCCUUCCUGUCCAUCAAACCCGCACACAAGCAACACCAAGGUGGCUUCCUGUUGGGGUUGUUGCUGCAGCAGCCUCUGUCUCCCAGCAGCCUUGGUCUUUCUCACCUGCUGUCUAUGAGUGUGACUGACAUCAAGCUGACAUCCAGCGGACUGCCUGCAGGUUUUCUUCUCCACACUGAUGCUACAGCCGGUGUCAGCAGCGGUGGAGGCGGAGCUCCCAGAGCUGCUCUGAGUCCGGUCCAGAGUCUGGCCGUGACAGGACUCAACAUGCUGAGUCAGAGCCGACCAGCAGCCGCAGCCAGCGGCAGAAACAACAGGUCAUGUCCCGGAGCCGUCCUCCUCCUCCCUCUCUUGGACCUCCACCUGUCUCAACUCAUUCAGGCUUUGGACUCGCUCCACUCGACGUCCGCCGGCAGCAGCGGUUCAGCCUCUACAGGCAGCAGCUCUCUCCCGGCAGGCUGUAAUGCUGCUGCUGGACUGGGGAGACUGGAGGAGAGUGGUCUGACUGGUUUUAGCUUGGAGGACACUGGUUUGGCAGCUCUGAGGCUCCUCUACCUGCUGGUGGCCAACAGUGACGAGGUGGUGGAGGCUGUGUUGACAAAAGGGAGUCAGAGUAAUGUUAUAGACGACAAGACUGACCACUCAGCUGCAGGUGUGGGUCUCCUCUCCCAGAAUGCCUUGCUGAGGACAGUGUUGCGGCUUUGUGAUGUGGGAUUUUGCGGUGGGGGCUCACAUAGGGAAGAGCUUGUCAUCAGCGCCAUGAAGAUACUGUGUGUGCUGACGGAGAAGAUGCCACACACACACACUGACAGGUUGCAGUGUGUGUUGCAGGUGGUGUGUGCGUGUGUGUCAGCAGACAGCAAGUUGCAGACAGUUUCAGAGUGUGUGUCUGCUCUCAUGUCCAUGGCCGACCACCCGACCCUGGCUCGGCAGCUCUGCUCUCAUCACGACCCGUGUGUUUUCCUGAAGUUGUUCCAGUUCAUCAGAAACAGACCAGUCAACCAGGCAACACAGACAGGCCUGAUUCUGCUCGACCUGCAGGUUGUUCGUUUGCUGAGCAGACUGAUGACUCAGAGAACAGAGAGCUGGACCACCAGCCAGCACAGCAGCUGUCAGUGUGAUGCUGAGAUCGUUCAGACAGUGGUGAUUAUUUUCCAUCGUCAGUGGUUGGAUCUUUGUGAUUGUCAGGAACCAACGGACUCCACAGGUCUGACCCCGCUCCCUCCACAGGGCUCCACACCCUUGUUGCCAUGGUGGCGCGGCCCGGCAGCGUCUCUGCUCAGGGAGUGUUUGCUGCUGCUGCACUGGCUGCUGCUGCAUCACAGAGGCUUCUCAGAGAGCUGCAGGCCGCUGCUGCACAUGUACGACCAAGUGAUUCCUGCUGUACGAGACACUCUGAGGAAGAUCCCCGGACUAAGAGAGAGCGAAGAGCUGGCAUUGGAGGAGAUCUGCCGCUCGGAGGGUGACGACACUGAUGACAUGGACACUGAUACUGGCUCAUGAUUGGCCGCUGCCACUGAGAAGGGCAGUUUUACAGACUGCUGAUGUGAUGUUUAAGACUGUGACGACGACUAAACAGAAACUGUGUCAAAUUUUUCUCUGAUAACUUGGACAUUGGAGAGAAAUUUAAAGAUUAGAGAGAAGUCAGCAUCUGACUGAAGGGGGAACAGGAACUUAACAAAAAAACAUGAAGGUUUGAACACUGCUGCUGUCUGUUCAUGUUCUCCUACUUUAUAUUCAACAGUCAGAACCGCUGUUUCUCCUCUCUGUAGUUUAGAUUUUAUUUCAUUUUUAGGGAUGUAUACUGAUUGCAGAAUAAUUUAAAACCAUUUCCUUAAAACUGAAGAUAGAUGUCUUUAGAUUAAGGCGACCAUGCAAUAAACUGUCUGAGUAUAACAUUGAAUUGCAGAAUUAAAUAUGAAAGAGAGAAACAUGUAAAUAUAAAAAAACAACUGGACUGUUGGUGAUGGAGGUUCAGAACAUGAUUGCAAUAAUUAAUACCAAUAAUAAAAUAUA